UUCACACUAUUGAUAAUGAUGGCGCUAGCGAGUCUGUUUAUAGUUGUUGAAGCUCCUCCUUCAUGUUUAAGUUUCGUUUUCCUUUCCUCAAUAUGUUCUCACUUUAUUUCCCUGUCAGUCCAUUUCUGUCAUCCAGAGUCCAUCAUGACCGAAGCGGCGAUCAUCAAGACGAUCUGUGCCCACAAUGGAUCAAUGAAGCUCGAUGAUUUAACAUCAAUAUUCGGUCUAUAUGAUGAAGCCAUCGAGUCAAUCAUCAGCAGGAGUGAAUCCUGUUCCGUCGAGUUCAUGAACGGACAGAAGACGGUGAUCGUCCGAACAAAAGUCCGCCUGUGUCGAGCCCAGAACUGCUCGGGCUGCGCGAAUCUGCACCUGUGCAAAUGGUUUCUGUUCGGGUCCUGCCGCUUCGACAGAGGAAGACGAGGAUGUCGGUUCAGUCAUGAUCUGUUGUCAGGUCAGAAUGAAUUAGUGCUGACCGCUCAUGGUCUGAACACACUGGACGUGAAAGAACUGCGCAUUCUGCUUCUACAGAGCGACAACUCUCUCCUGCCGGCUGUGUGUCAUUCUUAUAAUAACGGCGUGGGACAGUACGGCCGAUGUCAGGAGGCCGAGAACUGUAAGAGGCUCCACAUCUGCGAGAAAUAUCUGCGAGGGUCCUGCGACUGCCCUCGUGCUCAUGACUUCUACGAGCCUCAUCCUCUGAAGACCCUGCAGGACAGAGGAAUUCCCAGCGACCUCAUGCUCAUCAUGAAGGAUCUGUACUCAAACAUUGAAGUCCUGAGGCUUCGUUUCAAAAACAAGCCCCCUUCAGCUCCAAACGCCGCCGGUCAGAACCCCAGAAGAGGCCCGAAUGCACAGAAUCGGAGGCCGUCGAGCGGUUUUAACGCAGGCAGAGGACAAGAGGCUCAGAGGCCUCCACACACCCCCACAGAGAAAACAGAGAUCUGCAUGUAUUACAUCAAAGGACACUGCAAGCACGGUGACUCGUGCUAUAAGGAGCAUUCCAGUCUGCCCUAUAAAUGGGAAGUUAAGGAAGGAUCCGAAUGGAAAGCUCUUCCUGAAAACGAGGCCAUUGAGAAAGAUUACUGUGAUCCUGCAAGACUAUACAGCUCUGGAAUCACCCCGGUCUGUUUUGAUACGAUGACCCAAGGCCCUCGCACUGUGCGCCGUCUGUCCACGGUGUCGUCAGUGGUCCAGCCCAACUUCAUUCUGACCACCGAGUGGCUUUGGUACUGGGAGGACGAGUUUGGAAACUGGAUCCAGUAUGCUACAGCGGAGGGGGGUCAUAGCUUGUCCUCCAUCUCUAGUACUGAACUUGAGCAGAAGUAUCAGGCUGAUAACAAUGCCGUGGUGGAGUUCACAGCUGGAUCACAGACAUACACACUCAGCUUCCAGGAUAUGAUCCAGGAAAACAAACGCUACACAACCAAAAAAGUCGUCAAACGUCGUCCCAAAUUUGUGUCAGCAGCUGAUGUUCGAACAAUCAAGACAACUAAAAGGACACCCAACAAUUUCAAGGCUCUGCCGGAACACUGGGAUAAAGCUCUGACCCCUGAAACCGGAUACAUGAGAGUGUCGCUGCAGAGCACGGCAGGUGAAUACAUCAAAAUCAAAGAGCUGUUCAAUCGCACCAUGAGAGGCUUCAGCAUUCUGAAUAUUGACAGGAUCCAGAACAAAGCAUUAUGGGAAGUGUUUCAGUGGCAAAGGGAUUGUAUGAAAAAGAACAACAGAGGAAAAGAUGUGGCCGAGAAGCAGCUCUUCCACGGCACCGACCGCAAGCAUGUAGAUGCCAUCUGCAAGAACAACUUCGACUGGAGGAUCUGUGGAACUCAUGGCACAGCCUACGGAAAAGGUAGUUAUUUCGCCAGGGAUGCGAAAUACUCGCACAGCUACACCAAAGACUCGGGCACUCGUUCCAUGUUUGUUUGUCGGAUUCUGGUUGGCGACUACACCAAAGGUGAUUCCGAAUACCUCCGGCCUCCGUCCAAGGAUGGAGGAGACACCAUCUUCUACGACAGCUGUGUGAAUGACAUGUAUGAUCCGUCCAUAUUUGUUGUGUUCGAAAAGCACCAGAUCUACCCUGAGUAUCUAAUCGAGUACAGAGACUCAAGUGAAUAUGAGCCACAAAUCCAUCAUACAAUCACGAGACCAACGGCGCCGGUGAGACGUGUAGCUGUUCCUUCAUACAGCAGCACAAACUCCAGCGUCAGAAUCACUCCGUCAUACACCUCCUUCUCAAGUGCCUCCUCAGCUGCAUCUUCCUCAAGAACCUCCUUGUAUGCUUCUCCCUUACAUUCCUCCUCCUCAGCUGCAUCUUCCUCUUUCUCCUCCUCAGCUACAUCUCCCUCAAGAGUCUCCUCCUCCUCCUCGUAUGCUUCCUCUUCAACUUCAGCUUCUUCAAAGUCUUCAAAAUCAGACUGUGUAAUUUGCUAAUUGGGCACCAUGUGAUCACUUCGGUUGCACAUCCUUGCAAAGUAUACUUCAUUUAACUUGCAUACACAGGCGUUCGACGCAUGCUCAGUUUUGAGCAAUCUCUCCACGAGUUACAACCCAUGUUGAUAUCUUUGUAUUCUUUCAUGCUAGAGUUGUACAAACGAGGCACUUUCUAACCUCUUCGCACAAUCUCUAGUCUAUAUAUCCAUCCAUCGUCGCUGUAGCUUGCAUGUGUUCCGGUCUGUUCUGUUCCCCAGGGCACCGUUGACACCUUGUGGAUAAACUAAUUACUGCAAAAAAAAAAUUAAAUGCGACCUGCACGUAACUCUUUUUAUGACGAAAUGUAUGCUGACCCUCAUGUAUGCGUAAAAAGUGAAGCAUACUUUGGGCUUAAGAAGAAGCCAGUAAAAUGUUAAUGCUGAAAAUCAAGUUAUAAAUGUUACGCAUUAAUAGAAAUGGCAGAAGAAGAGUUGUUCUGGUGUCUUGUACUCUCAGGUUAAAGUCGUGGUGAAACCAAAGUAGCGACAGAUCUUUUCUUCUGUUGUAGGUUUUAACACAUUUUUUUUCUUGAACAAAUCAAAAUAAAAUUCAGUAUCCAUACCUUUGAUAAUAACGGCAAUACAUUCAACUCUGUGCCCUCUAACGGUGUGAAAUAAAAAUGACAUAAAUCCAAAAAUGCCUCCUACAAUAGUAUUGUUACAUCUGAGUGUAGCAAAUUACUGGGAAAAAAAAAAAAAAUAGGGCGGGGCUUGACUGUGUGCAUCGGUUGUUGAUUGGAUGUUAAGAUGUGGGUGUGGCUCUCAAAAAUUCGAUUUAGCAGGGGGUGGGGUUUAGGAACACUAAGAUUGGAGAAUUCUGCAUAUGUCACCAAUGAGAAAAAACAACAACAUGUACAUUAAAAAAAUAUUCACAAUAUGAUCUAUAACAUGCAUUUAGAAAACAUGUCAUGCUGUCUUUAAUGGAAUCUAUAAUUUGUCUUGAUCUUUCCUUGGACCUUUGUAAGAAACUCAGUAUUUGAGAUAUUUGUCAUAAUAAAGCUUUCCUAUACACAA